AUGGGUGACGUGCUCGUCGACGUCGCUCCCAACCAUAUCGCGACUCAGAAGAAGGCCAUCCCUUCCACGAUACCAAAUGUCGAGAGCUUCGAGGGCCUACCGCCUGAUGGUGGCGACGAAUAUGCCAACCUGAAGAAGCUCCAACGGCAACUCGAAUACAUCCAGCUACAGGAAGAAUAUAUCAAAGAUGAGCAGCGCAACCUGAAGCGCGAGCUUGUCAGGGCCCAGGAAGAAAUCAAGCGAAUCCAGAGUGUUCCCUUGGUUAUCGGCCAGUUUAUGGAGGCCAUUGAUCAAAAUACCGGAAUCGUACAGUCAAGUACCGGGUCCAACUAUGUCGUCCGCAUUCUCUCGACCCUCGACCGCGAACAGCUCAAGCCGUCAUCCUCCGUUGCCCUCCACCGCCAUUCCAACGCCCUCGUCGAUAUUCUCCCUCCCGAGGCGGACUCGUCCAUUGCCAUGCUUGGUGUCGAUGAGAAGCCCGACGUAACAUACGCCGACGUUGGUGGUCUCGAUAUGCAGAAACAGGAGAUUCGCGAAGCGGUAGAGCUACCACUCACGCACUUUGACCUCUACAAGCAGAUCGGUAUCGAUCCCCUCGCGGCCGUCGCAAACUCCACCACGGCCAACUUCAUCCGUGUCGUCGGUUCCGAAUUCGUGCAAAAGUACCUCGGUGAGGGUCCUCGCAUGGUCCGUGACGUCUUCCGCAUGGCCCGCGAGAACGCUCCUGCCAUCAUCUUCAUCGACGAAAUUGAUGCCAUCGCCACGAAGCGUUUCGAUGCCCAGACCGGUGCCGACCGAGAAGUGCAGCGUAUUCUUCUCGAACUCCUCAACCAGAUGGACGGUUUCGAUCAAACAAGCAACGUCAAGGUCAUCAUGGCCACGAACCGUGCCGAUACACUUGAUCCCGCGCUUCUCCGUCCCGGCCGUCUCGAUCGAAAGAUUGAGUUCCCCUCCCUGCGAGAUCGCCGUGAGCGCCGUCUCAUUUUCUCUACUAUCGCCUCCAAGAUGAGCCUUGCCCCCGAGGUGGAUCUCGACAGCUUGAUCGUACGGAAUGACCCCCUUUCCGGAGCCGUUAUUGCCGCCAUCAUGCAGGAGGCCGGUCUUCGCGCCGUGAGGAAGAACAGGUAUAAUAUCAUUCAGAGCGAUUUGGAGGACGCCUACUCGAGCCAGGUCAAGAGCACCAGCGAUGAGAACAAGUUCGACUUCUACAAAUAA